AUGCCUGUAGUUUGUGUGAUUGGUUAGAUUAGGAACCCAGCAGAACAGCAGAGGUUUACACUCAGGAAAUAACUGUGCUUAAUUCAACCAUACAUGCAAAUGACUACUAUUUUCAGUGUUAGUAAUUUGAUUCAUCUUCAGGUUACCCACUACCUCCAAUGUAUUCUAAUUACUUGGACUUUUACAAGAUUUAUAGACCUUAGUUUAUGGAUGCCAACAAGUAAGCCACCUGAAACAAGUUAUUGCUGUGUGAGUGUCCUUUGAGUAGCCAGAGUACCAGUUUGUUUCACCUCUCUUACCAACUCCUUGUGGAAUUGUCAUUCUAAAGCUACUGUAUGUUGUUUGGCUUGACAAUAACAGUAAUUGAGUUGGCAAGAGCAGAAACAGAUCUGCGACCAGGCUAGCCUUUGAGUAAUGUUGUCAUGCAAUGUUAUCAAUGUAAUAUAAUCUCUUAUUCAAAGGCCUCAAUGCAGAUUUAAUGACACCAUAUCAUAGCAUCAUUUGACCUGUCUAACUGUCCUCUGAUUGGCUGAAGCCAUGCAACAAGACUGGCCACCCUAUGUGAUCAACAGGCCGGCCUACUCGCUCCCAGACUUCGAUAGGGAGUUUGACAUGAAGAAACGGACCUUCCCCAUAGGACAGAAAGUGAAGAAAUGCUUCAGGUGCUCUGGGUCUCGACUCAAGUCCCUGCUGUUCAGACACCUGCCUAUCCUAAGCUGGCUGCCCAAGUACAAGGUGAAGGAGAACCUCCUCUGUGAUGUUAUCAGUGGGGUCAGCGCAGGUACCAUUCAGGUUCCCCAAGGCAUGGCCUUUGCCCUGCUGGCUAAUCUACCUCCUGUCAAUGGCCUCCACUCCUCCUUCUUUCCUCUCAUCCCCUACUUCUUAAUGGGCACUGCUCACCAAAUGGUCCCAGGUACCUUUGCUGUGCUUAGUAUCAUGGUGGGCAUGGAGUGCCUGAAGCUGGCCCCUGAGUCUGACUUCAGCCACUUCAAUGCCACCAUUAACGCCACAGUGAUGGAUGAGGACAGGAUGAACGAGGUUCGACUGGGCAUCUCUGGGACGCUGGCCUGCCUUACUGCUAUCAUACAGAUGGGCCUGGGCUUGAUGCAGUUUGGCUUUGUGGCCAUCUACCUGUCCGAGUCCUUCGUCAGAGGGUUCAUGACAGCAGCUGGACUGCAGAUCCUGAUCUCUGUACUAAAGUACAUCUUUGGCAUCAAAGUGCCUUCCUACAGUGGACCACUAGCCAAUAUCAAUACUCUUAAAGAUAUAGUUUAUGGCCUGCCUAACACCAACAUAGCCUCGCUGGUCUUUGCUCUGAUCAGCAGUGUGGUUAUUAUAACAGUGAAGGAGCUGGGUGCACGCUACCACCAGAAGCUACCCUUCCCCAUCCCCAUGGAGAUCAUCAUUGUGGUGGUGGCCACAGCCAUAUCGGGCCCCCUGGACCUGCCUGAUAAGUAUCACAUCGACAUAGUGGGGAAGAUUCCCCUAGGAUUUCCUGCUCCGAUCCUCCCAACAGUGAGUCAGUGGGAAGGGAUGUUGAGCUCAGCCUUCUCCCUGGCUAUCGUGGGCUAUGUGGUCAACCUGGCUAUAGGCAGGACAAUGGCAGCAAAGCAUGGCUACGAUGUGGAUCCCAAUCAGGAAAUGUUGGCUUUGGGCUGCAGUAACUUCGUGGGGUCUUUCUUCAAGAUCCAUGUGAUCUGCUGUGCUCUGUCUGUCACCCUGGCAGUAGACAAUGCUGGGGGAACAUCACAGGUUUCCAGUCUGUGUGUGAUGCUGGUGGUCAUGGUCACCAUGCUGGCCUUGGGGCAUUUACUCAAACCACUACCAAAGUCUGUGCUGGGAGCCCUGAUAGCGAUCAACCUGAAGAACACUCUGCUGCAACUCUCUGACCCAUAUUACCUCUGGAAGAAGAGCAAACUGGACUGUUGUGUGUGGGUGGUGUCCUUUUUAGCCACCUUCUUCCUGAGUUUGCCUUAUGGAGUUGCCAUUGGAGUCAGCUUCUCCAUCCUCGUGGUUAUUUUUCAGACCCAGUUUCGAAAUGGUUCAGAGAUGGCUCAGAUCAUGGACACAGAUAUAUAUAAAGAUCCCAAGGUCUACAGCAAGGUGAAAUGUAUAGAAGGGGUGAAAAUAAUGAACUACUGCUCCCCUCUCUAUUUUGCCAAUACAGAGAUAUUCCGACGAAAGGUCAUCAAAAAGACUGGAUUGGACCCAGGUAAACUUCUCCUGGCUAGGAAGAAGCUUCUGAAGAAACAGCAGGAGGAGUUAGACAGGCAAAACAAGGAAAACAAGAAGAGGAAGCCCAGCUCUCUGGUAACCAUGAGAUCUCAGACCUUAUCACAGCUAGAGCUUCAGAACGACUUUGACAUUGGUAACGGCAAUCCUUACCCGCCACCAUCACCCACCAGCUGUGUCAACUUCCACUGUAGUGAUAAUGAGCUGGGUGAGCAGUCCCGUGACCCAGACCAGCCCAGUGCCUCCCCUGUCAUCCUGGACUCUCAGCCCAUCCCCUUCCACACACUCAUCCUGGACCUGUCAGGGGUCUGCUUCAUAGACCUCAUGGGAAUCAAAGUACUCACCAAGAUGUACUCAAGCUAUGAGAUGUUGGGGAUCAAGCUAUACUUGGCCAAUGUUCAAGCACAGGUGUACGAGGAGCUGGAGGGGGGAGAGAUGUUUGAGGAGGGCAGUGUCCCCCGAUGUCACCUCUUCCUAACUGUCCAUGACGCCAUCCUCUGUGCCCUGCAGAGGUCGAGGAACACAGGAAGCUGUGAAAAGGCAGGUUGCACCUACUCCCACACCUUAAUCACUAUGACCUUGAAUCACUUCUCAAAUCCUCAUUGA